ACAAGACCUCACAGGAUCACAUGUUAGCAGAGGAAGUGAUUAACUAACUAAACAUGCAAUUAAAUCAGGUUUCCACUAGGGUGGGCAAGUUAUAUUUUUGGUCCACCGGUGGACUAAGGGUAAUUUUGACUUUCCCUUUCUCAUUUUUCUGUUCCCUUUACCUUUCCCUUUCUCUUUUCUCCUUCUUCUUCUUCCCACUUCUUCCCAACUAGCCACCGGUCCACCGCCAACACCAGCCAUCUUGUGUCCAUUUCUUCAUAAACAAAUCAAUCACCCAAUAUUCCAUCUCUCCUUCAGAUCUGUACGAACCAGAGAAAGAGAUCAACAAAGUUGAGGAAGAAAGCGAUGUCAAGGGAGAUUGGAGAAGACGUCCAUGGCGGUGGCAAGGACCAACCUGGAUUUCGUUCAUGUCUUGCUCUCUCUUCAAGGUCCUGAUAAAUUGUUUGAACCCGACAUGAUUGCUGUUCUUUGGGAAAUGAUAUUUAGAGGGACCGACACGGUGGCGGUGUUGGUGGAGUGGAUACUAGCGAGGAUGGUGCUGCAUCCUGAUGUGCAGAGGAAGGUGCAAGAGGAGCUGGAUGAGGUGAAAAGAAAAAUAAGUUGAGAACGAAAGGGGUGGUUGUGGGGGAGGAGGGUACCAGACCGGUGAGAGAAGGGAGAAGAAGAGAUGUGUAUUGGCACUUUUGCCCUUUUAUCAUUCAUCAGAUCCUAGCCAUUUAAAUAAAGAAUAUUCUAAAAUUCUUAAAUCCAACGGUAUUUAAGCCUGGUCCAUCGGUGGACCAAAAAUAUAAUUUGCCCACCUUAGUGGGAACCAUUAAAUCAAGCAUCAAUUAGCUGUGUUGUUUGGGAAUAAUUAUUACACUCUGACCUGUAACCUAUCCUUGUAACCCGCAUUAUAUCAAGCAUGUUGCUGUAAAUGCUUAGACAAAACCACAACCCCCACGUUAACAUCCACAAAACAAUGGCCUUAAGGUACUGUAAUUGCUGUUUGUACAGCCUGGUAUCUGUACUUGUUGCUAGAGGCUGUCUUGGCGUUUCUUUCACAUGGAUUCUCUG